GAAAUGCUCUCCAUCAGACUGAGCUUCACUGUGCAUGAAGGGCUUAAGUGAAACCCAAACAUAAACAAAUGACCGCAAAAUACAUUUGUGAGUGUACCGGUCACAUUAUUUGAGGCUGGCAAAGUAGGCAAAGGGAUAAGAUAAACCAGAGGAAUACAUACCAUUAUUCAGGGGAUAAACGAAGGAAAGAUCAACAGCUAAAGAUCAGAGAACCGAAGAUCAGUAAGAAGUGACAGUGGGGAGAUCGUCCCCUCCCUGGCUGUGUGCAGAAUGAAGUCUCUGAUGCUGCUGGUCCUGCUCCUUGCCACCUGUGUAGGGGCCACACGCUUUGAUCGUGACACCACCCAGAGGAGCCCCCAGGAUGGGCCCUUCGACGCAGUGGCCCCGGGAGGGAACGGCUCCUCCCCCGAGAACCUGCCAACCAGGCUGGCCCCACCCCGGGGCCCCUUCCCGCCCAUGUGCGUCAAGCCAUUCGGGAUCAAGAACGCCUUCAAGUACGUCAACACGGUGGUGUCCUGCCUGAUCUUCGUGGUGGGCAUCAUCGGAAACUCAACCCUGCUGCGCAUUAUCUACAAGAACAAGUGCAUGAGGAACGGCCCCAACGUUCUCAUAGCCAGCCUGGCCUUGGGGGACCUGCUGUACAUCCUCAUCGCUAUCCCUAUCAACGUCUUCAAGCUGCUGGCAGAGGACUGGCCGUUUGGGGUGCAUGUCUGUAAACUGAUGCCCUUCAUCCAGAAAGCUUCAGUAGGCAUCACUGUGCUGAGCCUGUGUGCCCUAAGUAUCGACCGGUAUCAUGCGGUGACAUCAUGGAGCCGGGUGAAGGGCAUGGGCAUUCCUCUGUGGAAGACUGUGGAGGUGAUCCUGAUCUGGCUGGCCGCCGUGGUGCUGGCCGUCCCUGAGGCUCUGGCCUUUGAUAUGAUGGAGAUGCCAUACCGUGGGACGAAGUUACGCAUAUGCUUACUGCAUCCUCAGCAGAACACGCCCUUCAUGAAGUUUUAUCAGGACGCUAAAGACUGGUGGCUGUUCGGCUUCUACUUCUGCUUGCCAUUGGCGUGCACAGGCGUCUUCUACACCCUGAUGUCCUGCGAGAUGCUGAGCCGCAAGAAGGGCAUGCGCAUCGCCCUCAAUGACCACAUGAAGCAGCGCAGAGAAGUGGCCAAAACUGUCUUCUGUCUGGUGGUGAUCUUCGCUCUCUGUUGGCUACCCCUGCACCUCAGCCGCAUCCUGAAAAAGACCAUCUACAACCAGAAUGACCCAAACCGAUGUGAGCUCCUGAGUUUCCUGCUGGUGAUGGAUUACAUUGGCAUCAACAUGGCCUCCCUCAACUCCUGCAUCAACCCUGUGGCACUCUACUUUGUGAGUCAAAAGUUCAAGAACUGCUUCAAGUCUUGUCUGUGCUGCUGGUGCCAGAGGAAAUCGCGGGAUCUCUCUCCAAUGGACGAGAGGGGCUCCGGAGUUCGCUGGAAGGGCUACUGCCGUGAGAAUGGCCUGGACUGGACCAGCUCCCGCUCGAGCCAGAAGUUCAGCUCCUCUUAAGGGCCCAGCACUUGGCGGCUGGACGGACACACGGCCAGGCCAACUCUGGCCACGUUUCGGGGCUCAGCCCUCACUCUCUGGGACUCCCUCAGUGAACACGGGGCACCCAUCAAGCCAAAUGGAUUACAGCCCCCCUGGACUGGCCUCACUGGGGAAUGAAGGAACUGCAAGUGGAGCCACCAUUUACAAACGGUAUAAAUGUAUUUACUCCCCUCAGUCAAGGCUUAUACUAGCACUCCUGUGGGGAAAUAGGACUUUCACAGUGUUAAUUUCCUCUUCCUUACCCAUUAAGUGCAUAUGAAACAGUGAUAAUGAUAAACAAGCUUAUGGAAAAUGAGAAGUUAUUUGCAUGCUCACCUGUCCACCUCUUAAAGCACUCGCAUAAACAAAAUGAUGUGUUGUUCACAGAAUCACAUCAAGCACAGUCCGAGUCUAUAAAAAUCUUCUGAAAUAAGCACUUCAACUGUGACAUCUUCAGUCUGGGAUGAGCAGUCCUGUUCAUACACUUCCUUCAGUAUGGACAUACCAGCCUGGGAGGUCAUGGACUACACUCCCAAGGGUGCAACAAUGGAAAUUGUGUUUCAGGUACCAUAUAGUGGGGAGGGAACAGGAGCAGCUCCAGCGGACAUAUCACAGAGCACAGCUUCAAAGUAUCCCAGCGUUAUAAAGCUAGAUUUGAAGGUUCCAACAGACACACUGCUCUUCUUCUGCAAAUACUUCCAUAAACCUUGUAAUGGUACAAAAAUGCUUCCUGUGCUUUUUUUCUGUACACUAUCAUUGUCUUCCGAGUCUUAUCCCGUAAAUAAAUAUUAAAGAAUAUGACAAUGAGAUUUAUCAAGGGCUACUAUAAUUAUGAUACUCUUGUUUACUUAUUCAAGAAUACAUUACCUUUUAAUAAUUUAUGUCAGAAAUGUGUCUAGGUAUUAAUUGAAGGUAGUAGAUGGUAGUAGUGUCCUUGAACUUUUGGCCCCAAUUGUAUUUAUAUUUUUAGUCAAAUUUGAUACAACUUGAUUACAUUUUAAAGGUCAAAUUUACAUCUGUAUGGUGGGAGGGUAAGCGCAUGUACUGUAUAUGUUCAUUUAAAAUAAUUUCAUUGCCAGACACGUGUACCAAGUUUCCAAUCUCCUCCAAGUCUUUGUACUGUGUAAACAUUUGGAAACUGUGUGAAGUAUAAAGCUUAGACAUCAAAUUAGGUUUUUAGUUUUUUUGUAAAAGACCAAAUAUGUUACAUGUUUUUUCCUAUUUACAAGGCUUUUUUAUACAAUAUCUAGUUGGGCAAUAUGCAGCAAAUAAAUAGUAUUUUAUCACA